AUGCUGUUUUGUACGACGCCAUCCACCGCAACGCUCCACCCUCGUGCGCCGCCUCCGUCCCGUGAUUCGUCGAAAAUCUAUUCGGAUUGCCCUGAUAGGCAGUGGGGGACGCUACGCGUGCAAGGGUGGCGCGCUGCAGUAGAAGGCAUCGUACAAAACAGCACGCAGGGGCCGGCUGCUUGCAGUGAUUCAGCGAGAGAUGAGCGGAACCACCUCGGUCUCCAUAAUCUACGACCCCGUAUAUGGAUACUCCACCUGAAAUUCACCGUAACACUUCAGAUUCGUGUGAAGUAA